AGGGCUUCGACGGGUCCUAAAGAGAAAAUCUCCCUCGCCCUCGCGCUCCGCAAUCGGCACGUGCGUAACGUCGGCCCGGUCGAGCGUCUGCGAUCAUGGCGUCGGCGGACGAAGAAGCCUCCUCCGCCGUCCCGCGGCGGCGCUUGUCGUGCACCACCUGCUUCAACGCUCUUUGGUUCUGCUACUCUCCGGUUCAUCAGAUGCAGCAGUACUACCGGGCGGGGGUUCUCGACAACUGCUCCGGAAAGUGGAGCGCCCUCGUCGAUUGCCUGACUCUCAAGACCAAACGAGCGUCCGAGGUUCAGGAAAUCCUGGAAACCCGCGAGAAAGCCAAGCAACAUAUCUGGACUUUCCGGACGCCAGAGGAAGCUUCGUCUCACUGGGAAGAGCUGUUUGGACAUCUGGAUGAGCCGGAAUGAAAGAAGUCUGCUUCUGUUUGAUGUCACCUUCGUCUUCUCAACCCCUUCUCAUUCAAAUGCUGGUGGUGCAUUUGAAAUUUUUUUGCGAAAUUGAAUUUAUUCAUAAUGUUGAGGGAAAAUAAAGAUGCCGACGGCUAAGAGCCAAAUCAUGGAUAGACAACUAUGAGUCUGGCCAGGGACUCCGGAAUUGUCAUGGCAACUUGGUCUUUCACCAUAUCACUGACCAGCUAUGGACUAGUAUCUGUGGGUGAUGGAUCAGCUUUUUUGGUGGACGAGAUUGACAAGAGAGAGUAUCUUUCUUCCCUAAA